AUGAUUAUGGAUAACUUCGAGUUUGCGCCAGCCCCUCCUCAACGAUGUCCUGAGGCUUACGGCCCCCGGGCAAAUAACAACCAGAAGCGCUGCUUUCAGUUGGCACAGGCGUUCUUCAAAGAUGGUGUUAGGAGAGCCCGCGAACGGAAUGAACGUCAGCUGGACCUUGAACGACGCCUCGAAGAUCCUGCUGUGGGACCACGGCGCGAGCAGCUUUGGAAGCUCGGGGGCAUGUCAGAAGCCAAGUAUCUACGUUUCCUAAGAACCAAGGAAGAGCUUUCCAAUUACAUCCCCAUCAAGACAAUAGGAAAGGGGUACUUUGGAGAAGUAAAGUUGGUUCGCAAGAAGCAAGAUGGAAAGGUGUAUGCCCUCAAGCGGCUGGCCAAGACAGAGAUGGUCUCCCAUGAGCAGCUUCCCCGAGUGCGCGCGGAGAGAGACGCCCUGGCCGAGUCUGACAGCGAGUGGGUUGUGAAGCUGUACACAACCUUCCAGGACAGCACGUCCCUGUACUUGUUAAUGGAGUACUUGCCGGGAGGUGAUUUGAUGGCCUUGUUGAUUAAGUAUCAGAUUUUCUCUGAGGAUAUCACACGUUUCUAUGCUGCUGAGAUGAUCAUGGCCAUCGAGGCCAUUCACAACCUGGGCUUCAUUCACCGCGAUAUCAAGCCGGACAACAUCCUAAUCGACCGUGAGGGUCAUGUCAAGCUGGCUGAUUUUGGUCUUUCUAAGGGUUUCAGCAAGAGUCACGACCACAGCUACUACAGGGAACUCCUUCAAAAGCCGGCUCCUCCAAACAACAAGCCGGCAAACAGGAACUCAGUUAACCUGGAUGAGAUUGCCCUAACUGUCAGCAACCGUGCUCAAAUCAAUGAAUGGAGACGGUCCAGGAGACUCAUGGCAUACUCAGCGGUUGGGACCCCGGACUAUAUUGCUCCUGAGCUGUUCACCGGUCAGGGGUAUUCUUUUGAGAUUGACUGGUGGUCACUCGGCGCAAUCAUAUACGAGUGCCUCGUAGGCUGGCCUCCGUUCGCCUCGGACAACUCGUAUGAUACCUACCGCAAGAUUGUCAACUGGCGUCAGACGUUCUUCUUCCCGGACGAUGUCUACCUUCAUCCGAAUGCAGCCCACUUGAUAAGAAGUCUCAUCUGUGACGCGUCAAGUCGUCUCGGUAGCCGCGGUGGUGCUGCCGAGAUCAAGGCUCAUCCAUUCUUUGCCGGCGUGGACUUCAACUCCCUUCGCCGUAUUGAGGCACCUUUCCGACCUCACCUAGAAUCUGACGAAGACACUUCGUGCUUCCCUGUUGACGAGCUACCUCAGGGCGAAGGAUUUAGCAAUGGGCCUACCAAUACUAACGGCACGAAUGGCCAUCAAGCCACCGCAAGUAAUUUUCAAGAAGAGGAGGUCACCCCAGAGAUGUGCCUGCCUUUCAUUGGAUAUACUUUCAAGAGGUUUGAGAAGACAUUCAUGUGA